AGUUCUUUAUGGGGAGCAUCCAACGGUAUAGAAUGGCAAGAAAUGGUUAAACUAUUAUCGGAGACAGGGUAUCAGAUGCUAUGAAAGGAGCCGAGUUUAAAAAAGUCGCUUAUGUAAAUCCAAAGGCCGACUGUUUACCUAAGCAAUCCCUACCCGCGGGGUUUCACUAAUAAAAUAAGAUAAAAAAAUAAUUUUUUUUGCAACAAGACAACCCUCUUUUUCUUUCUAUCAAUACACACAAUUAUGUUUGAUUUCAGUAACAAUUCUCAUCGUCGUUAUAACCCUUUGACUAAAUCAUGGGUGCUUUGCUCUCCUCAUCGUACACAAAGACCUUGGCAGGGACAACAAGAAGGAGCAGAUAUGGAGCAACGUCCAGCCUAUGACCCCAAGUGUUACCUGUGCCCUAGUAACCAACGUGCAAGUGGUGAAACCAAUCCUCAGUACGAAGCUACUUUCCGUUUUCCUAAUGAUUUUGCUGCUGUGAAGGCGGACCAACCUACUUUGGAAGCCAACGAGGAUGACUUGAUCAAGGUGGAAGGUGUGCGCGGUGAAUGUCAUGUCAUUUGUUUCUCUCCACGUCAUGACUUGACAUUGGCUGAAAUGCCUGUAGAAGAUAUCAAAAAGGUAGUAGAGAUCUGGACCUCAAGUUAUUUGGAAAUGAAGAAGAAGGAAUAUGUCAAUCAUGUACAAAUUUUCGAAAAUAAAGGAGCUGCCAUGGGAUGUUCCAACCCUCAUCCUCAUGGUCAAAUGUGGUGUACGGAAAGUGUGCCUGAAGAGCCUUGUAAAGAAUUGGUAGCAAUGGGAGAAUAUAAGGAGAAGCACAACGGUAAAUGUAUGUUGUGUGAUUAUGCACAACGGGAGUUGGCGGACCCUGAGCGUAAGCGUACAGUCUUUGAAAAUGAUACAUUUUUGGUGGUGGUGCCAUUUUGGGCAGUGUGGCCCUUUGAGGUGAUGGUAUUGCCCAAGGUACAUAUUGGAUCUUUACCCGAGAUGAAUGAUAAGCAACAAACCGAUCUUGCAGAUGCUGUGCGUCGAGUGACCUGUCGCUAUGACAACUUGUUCCAGACAAGUUUCCCUUAUUCCAUGGGUAUCCAUCAAAAGCCAUUGAAUGAUGAAACUGAUGUUGCUCAUCUUCAUCUUCAUUAUUACCCUCCUCUUUUGCGUAGUGCUACUGUGCGCAAGUUCCUCGUUGGUUUUGAAAUGUUGGGUGAGCCUCAACGUGAUUUAACACCUGAACAAGCUGCUACUCGUCUUAGAGAACUCUCUGAAGUUCAUUAUAAACACCAAUCUUCUUAAAAAAGAUAGUUUUUUUUUUCAGCACCCUUAUUGUACAUAUCCUUAUUUUGUAACAAAUAAACUUUUUUUUUAAACAAACACAUAA